AUGAUGGAAAAGAACCAACUGAAACGCAAGCGAACUAAACUCCGAUGUCUGGUUUGCCAGCAAACGUUUGAUGACGAUUAUCGAAAAGAACAUAACAAAAAGUACCAUGCAAAUUUGCUAAAGGUGGGAACAUCUAUUGCGUACGAGACUGUUGGAGCGCCAGCGAACCCAUUCGUUUGUUCACAAAAACACAAAAAGGUGAGUAAUAAUUACCUCUGUUUAAAAAGAUAUGGCAAAUAUUCAUAUAUAAACGGAAUGCAGUUCGCUAUUCGCAUCCGUCCUAGUAACAUAAAUCACAUAUUCAUGGUUCAUUAGGUGUCUACAGAAUCUGUGGUUACUGGUGUUUUGAAAGCUGGACCUUCUCAUGUAACUGAAGACAAUGAAGAGUCAAGUCAGAACACCCAAGGCCCAUCCCAUCUUACCAUCAGUGUAAACAGUGAAAAUCCAGAACUUGUUUGUACGGUUCAAGAAGAAGACGUGCAGCACGAAGAUGAAAAUACACCACCGCAUGGCAAUGAAGAAGUUGAAGAACAGAGAACGGUAAUUUAACAUUUUUGUUGCGUGUGCUUUAAUCAAAAAGGCUUCCUAAGCUAUAUAAAGGAAUUAGAUAGCAGUUAACCCAUAAUAGUAAUUUCUUAUUGUUAAACUUUGCAGAUGCCCGAAAAUCAGGAAAUUGGAGAAAAAGAAAGUGAAGAACUUCAAA